UUUUCCUCAAGGGUUUAAAGACAAUCAAGAUCACCAAUAUCUCUCAUAUAUAUUUCCUAACGGAAUUGUUUCUAAAGCUUGUUUUUAAUAAGGGGUUUUUGUUUAUUUUCCCUUUACAUUUUCUUACUUGAAAAGACUCAAGAGUCAAGAUACUUUCAUCUUCUUGAAUUCCAAUUAAAGAUUUGUGCAUGGAAUUUGGCAAUCUUGUAAAGCAACAAUUAAUUGUUGAUCCUGGACAUGUGAAUUAUCCGUUUGUACAGCCAAUUGGGUUGCAUCCAAAUUCGAAUCUUGAUUCAUCAGUGCCUCAGGUUAUGGGUUUUCGGCGAAACUUAGAUGUGAUUCUAAGAACAGAGAUGGAAAGGUCAAUGUCUCUGUUUCAGCAGAUGAUGGGCGAUGAGGAUUUAGUGCCCUCUCCAGAGGAGGAAAUAAAGAGGAGAAAUGCUAUUCACAAGCUCAAACAGAUAGUGAAGGAAUGGGUUAAGACAGUGGCUUACCAUCGUGGUCUCCCCAAAAGAUACCUCAGGUUUGCCUCUGGCACAAUAUUGACAUAUGGAUCAUACGGUCUAGGAGUUCAUAAUUCGGAGUCAGAUAUUGAUGCAUUGUGUGUUGGACCGGGCUUUGCAACAAUAGCAGAAGACUUUUUCAUUGUUCUGCACAACAUGCUCGUGAGCAGACCAGAAGUAUCAGAUAUCCACUGUGUCAAAGGUGCAAAGGUUCCUCUGAUGCGAUUCAAAUUUGAUGGGAUCUCUAUUGAUCUUCCAUAUGCACGACUGAAAGUAAUAUCUAUACCUGAGGAUGUGGAUGUAUUCAACCCAUUCUUCCUUAAGAAUAUUGAUGAUACAAGCUGGAAAAGUCUGUCUGGAGUACGUGCAAAUAGGAGGAUCCUUCAACUUGUGCCAAAUGUAGAGAUAUUCCAGGCAGUUCUGCGUUGUGUUAAACUAUGGGCAAAGAAACGUGGAGUUUAUGGGAAUUUGCUCGGAUUCUUUGGAGGAGUUCACUUAGCAGUACUUUCAGCAUUCAUCUGUCAAAGGCAUCCAACAGCCAGCUUGAGUGCACUUAUUUUUGUUUUCUUCAAGACAUUUGCCUUUUGGCAUUGGCCGACUCCAGUAGUUUUACAAGAUGGAGUUGCUUGGCCAGUUAUUCCCACUGAUAAAGUUUUGUGGAUGCCAAUCCAGUUACCGUGUAGCCCAUAUGAAUUUUGUCAUUCAAACGUUGUCAGAAGUACAUUUUUAAAAAUCAAGAAUGAGUUCAUUAGAGGGCAUUUGCUGACUAAGGAUAUGUUAAGGCCAGAUUUUGAUUGGAAUAUCCUGUUUGAGCCCUUUCCUUAUCCAAGAAAAUAUGUGAAAUUUGUCAAAAUUUUCCUCUCAACUUCUGAUAAAGAUGAGCUAGGUGACUGGGUGGGUUGUGUCAAGUCACGCUUUCGCUGCCUAAUUAUCAAACUGGAGGAGUUGCUUGGGUUUUGUGACCCCAACCCAACAGAGUAUGUUGACGUAGAUGCAUCGGAGCCCAAUGCCGUAUUCUAUUGGGGAUUGCCACCUGCUCGGAUCGAUAUGACAGAUAUAGGUCACGUGCAGGAAGAGUUCUUGAAGAGCACGAACAAUGUAUAUCAAGGCCCAAGUGGGAAGAUGAAGUUAUCAAUUGUGCAAGCUGAUCAGUUACCUCAGAAGGCCCACUUUGCUAGUGAACGCCGGAGUACAAAGCCAUGUUGGAGGACUGUGAAGAGCAAUCAGUGUAUAUUUCCUGCAUGCUACAAAUACCAACCCAUCUUUGUCGACAGAUAUUUGACCACAAAUGCAAGGCCAGUGUACCCAAGUGCUGGGGGUUAGGCUGCUGCCCUCCCUUCUGGUUUUGGCACUUCCGUUGUUUGGUCUUCCGCAGAGUGAAUAGGUUUAACACAUUACACAGUUUUUAUUUGUGGUCAGUACAGAGAAGAUUGGCAAUUGUACAUUUUGAGUUUGUGUUACUUGUAAAUCACCUGAGAGUGUAAAUGGUUUUGCUGUUGAAAAACAGAUUGAAGAAAUGAACAUGUACCCAUGAAAAAUGAGUCAUAUGGCAGAUCCCUUGUUAUUUGAUGGAUCGAAUGUUGAGGCUUGUGUUCUCUUGCUCCA